UCUCUCUCUCUCUCUCUCUAUCUCUCUCUCUGUUCUCUCAAUUCUUUAUUUUGAUUCUUCUUGUAAAUCUUGGAAAGAUUGCAAGAAUGGUGUGUAACGAUAUCUAUAUCGGUUCUUUAAUUUACUCGCUGAAAUUGAAAACCCUUUUUUAAGUCUUAUCUUGAUUCUUCUUGGAAACCUUGAAAUAAUUUCAAGAAAUGUUGUCUAACGAAAUAUUAAUUGGUGAUAAAAUGUGGUUCUUGACUGAAAAAUGAAAACCCUAUCUAAACCCAGUUUUUGAUGCAAGAAACCCUUCAGAAUUUAGAUCACUUUUUUAAUCUGAAUACCCAUUUCUCUAGACACCCAUAAAAUUCUUUUACCUUUGAUUAUUGUUUGUGUUCUUCAUCUAUUUUUUGUAUCUGUAUGUACUCACUCCUUUGGUCAUCACUUGAUUUCUCAAUCCCAAGAUGAUGAGAAGUUAGUUUGACAAAAUGCAUAACAUCGGCCAAAUCAAGAGUGUGCUGAACAAUUUUGUUUUUGUUUCUUGUGCAGCUGAGAAGAUGGGUUUGCUGAGAUUCCAGCAUUUCAUGCUGAUAAUGGAACUAUUGAAGGACUAGAAAAUGGUAUAAACUUUGGGUCAACACAAGGGACAAUCUUGAGCUCACGCAGGCUAGGCUUCCAGGGAUUGAACCAACAGCUAUGCCAGGCAUAUGAGACACUUCAGUUGUUGCAGCUGCAGCUGGGACAGGAAGUUAUAGAGUCAUCCGUGUUCUAUCUUUCUUUGGGCAAAGACGACUACAUUAAUUUCUUACACCCAGAUUCUUCUGGUGCUAGGCACAGAUUCAGUAAAGAAGUGUUCACACAGAUUCUAGUCAACCAGAUGAUCCGGGUUGUCAAGGACCUUUACAAUGCAAAUGUGAAGAAGAUUAUAUGCAUGGGAAUUGGUCCUCUUGGAUGUGUAUGGGAGUCCUCUCGUGAUAAUGAUAGUCAUCAUCCUAGUCACACAUCAUCAAAUUCUGGCGCUGGCGGUGGUUGGCAAGACUGUAUGGAAGAUGUCAAUGACCUUGUUCUAGAAUACAAUGCAUUGUUGUCAGAGCGGCUUCUGGACCUAAAUUUUGAGUUUCCUGAUGCUCAGAUAAUCUUCUGCGACGUGUACCAAGCUAUGAUGGAUAUCAUUUCAUUCCCUAGACGCUACGGAUUCGAGAAUGUAAAUAGGUCGUGUUGUGGAAGUGGUAGAUAUGGUGGUAUGGUAGGGUGCCAAGCUAUUGAGAUGGCCUGCGACGAGCCAUUGACCCAUGUCUGGUGGGACUUCAACAACCCUACACAAGCUGUGCACUCAUUGCUUGCUGAGUCGGCUUGGAGCUGCAAGCCAUUGGAUAUUUGCAGACCAAUCAGCAUUGAAUGACUCUCAUUGUACUCAGUGUAAAAACUACUUCAUUGUACUUUCUACAAGGGGUGAACCAUUGAAUUUUACUAGGCCUCACGUUUCUCUAGUGGUUCAGGGUUCCUGAACCUGAGUUACUUUUCUUUUUCAUUUACAUUCUUUUUGUUGGCAAUUAUUGUCCUGUAAAGUUGAUCACUGUAAAUCCAAAUGUGAUAUAAAAUAGAAAUUUUGCA